GGCAUAUAGCUUACCGUUUACAUAUUAAAACGACGUCGUUUUUACUGAGUUUUGGAGGUAUAUAAGGAAAUGAUGGUGAGUUGGUAGGAGAAAAAAGCUUGACGGGAAAGAGAAGGAAGAUGACGAGUGCAAACUUGGAAGUAAGAGUAAGCGAAGUGAACGUUUCUCAAUUCGAUCAUACUCCAUUUUACUGUGAGGAGAAUGUAUACUUCCUUUGCAAGAAACUGUGCCAGAAAGGAAUAGCAGAUGCUGAGGGAUCUGAUCUCUUUGUUGCUUUCAUUUCCAAUGAAAAUAAACAGGUUCCUCUGUGGCAUCAAAAGGCCAGUAAGAGAGCAGAUGGGAUUGUCCUUUGGGAUUAUCAUGUCAUUUGCAUUCAGAGAAAAGGGGAUGGUGACUCUCCUUAUGUAGUGUGGGAUUUAGACUCGAGUCUUCCCUUUCCCUCUCCAUUGGCUGUGUACAUUUCUGAGACUAUCCGGCCAUCAUUUCAGCUCUUUUCUGACUACCAGAGGUUCUUUAGGAUUGUGCAUGCUCCAUUAUUCCUCCGCAACUUUGCAUCUGAUAGAAGACACAUGAAAGAAUCUGCUGGGAACUGGAUUGCUCAGCCUCCUGCUUAUGAACCAAUAGUAGCUGAAGAUGGGACUGUGAACAACUUGAAUGAAUACAUGGAGAUCCAUGCAUCUAAUGAGUUGACAAAUGUGGGGGCUGAAUCUAUCAAUUUAGUUUUCAACCAAAAACAUGGUGUGGUGAUAAGUGAAAGUCGGCUAGAGGAAUUCUUUUCCCUAAUCUCUUGAUUCGCCCGAAUGGUAUUGCUUCAAAUUUUGCAAGAGAAUUGAGAUUUUAUUCCAACACAUUGUAUAGAGUAAAUGUUUCUGCUUAGGUUCUAUAUUUGGCAGAAAUAUAAGUUAGAAAUUUUGAAAUUAUAAUUGUAUGAAUUUUAUCUAAAGAAUGACCAUGCUCCUUUUCUUUUUUUCACAUUGUGACUCUCUGGUUGGCUCGUGUUUAUUCCUGAAUGAUAUAUGGAGCAGCACCACACUUCCCCUUUCCA